ACAUAAGUUAUUACUGUUUAGGUACACCUGUCAGACACAUGUAACUACGUGACUCGCAAUAGAUACAAAGUGCGUUUAAGGGGAAAAAAAAGUAUUUAAAACAAUUCUAGUCGGGAGAACUUGUUCACUGUCAGUCUGCAAAACGCCCCGACACACAUCAUGUUCCGACCUGUCAUCUUCUUCGCCUUGCUGGCAUGCGGGCUGGCCAGCAAGAAGUCCGUCUUCUUCAACAAAUUCAAUCCGAAGAUCAUAGGAGGAUCUGCGGCUUCCAUUGAAGAGUUUCCCUACAUGGUGUCCCUGCAGCUGGACUUCCUGGGCAUAAUCCGCCUCCACAUGUGCGGCGGCUCCAUCAUCUCCCAGAACUGGGUCGUCACGGCAGCCCACUGCACCGAGGACGAGUCGCCGUCGUCGCUGGUGGUCCGCGCCGGCAGCGCGCGGGAGGCCAGCGGAGGACAGGUCCGCUCCGUCAGCCAGAUCAUCGAGCACCCCAACUUCGACCAAGGGAUCCCUCUCGACAACGACAUCGCGCUCAUCAGGGUAAGCCAACCCUUCGUCUACGGCACCACGGUACACCCUGUGGUGCUGCCGGCAGCUAAUGCGGCGGUGGCUUCUGGCACAUAUGGCGUGAUUACUGGCUGGGGAGCCACUUCACAAGGAGGCAGCGGCUCAGCCACUCUGCUCCAAGUGAGUGUGCCCCUGAUGACCAACAACCAGUGCACGCAGUACUACGCCGGCAACAGGAUCUCCAAUGGCAUGAUCUGCGCUGGCUACCAAGCGGGAGGAAAGGACUCUUGCCAGGGAGACUCCGGUGGUCCGCUCGCCGUCGAAGGCGUGCUGGUGGGCAUCGUGUCGUGGGGUGCCGGCUGCGCGCAGCCCAACGCCCCUGGAGUCUACGCCCGCGUCGCCUUCUACAGGCAAUGGAUAUCCUCCAACACCGGCAUCUAGGCGCCACCUCAUCCAUGCUUCGAGCUGCUGCCACGGCGAUGACUGCGCCGCCUACACAGCAUCGCGUCUAAAAUAAAUUACCUACUUAAAAAAAA